AAAAGAUGAGUGGACAGAGGCAAAGAUUGGGUGUGUACAUCUUAGUAGUGCUAAUACUGAUCCUAUCAAUUUCUUGAUAUACAAAAGUGAAUCAUUUCAAGCUCUGAAAUAUCACAAGAGACUGCUGCUCCGUUCUACUCGGUAUUACACAAAAUUGUUUUGGGAUUUUGUUUCCGAUGGGUUUUGUCUAUCGUGUUAUGAUUA